AGAUUCAUUCGUAGUUGAACUAUUUAACGGUCAACAACGCCACAGGUAGAAGAUACCGAGCAAAACAAAGAACCCAAGAACCAACUACAAAUAAAAAAAAGAGUAACGCGAGUAAAAUACUUCUGGUUACAAAACAAAGAAAUACUAAACCGCCAAACAGAAAAUAAAGUAAAUAGACAAGAGUGCAUUGUAAAUUUUGAAAAGACAAAGAUACUAAGAAGACUAAAGUGAAUAUAAACAAAAAUUCUACGGAGUUAGUUGAACUGCGGCAUUGAGUUGAGAACUUUCUGGAAUAACUUCACCCCCAGCAACAAAGAGUCACAAUUCCGCUGAGUGUUUGAACGAACAACAGCAGACGUACCUUAAGAAAAAAAGUGGUUGAAAUCUUCCUCCCAUACAAAAAGUGCCUUUGCAGAUUGAAGAGAAAACGGAGUUCCUGUUUAUACAGAGAUUUUUUGGAUAAAAAAAGCUAGUUCACUUUAUUUUUGGAUUACAUUUAAAUAAAAGAUACAAGAUGGCUUUCAUGAUGCCGGUGAUGAAAAACAAUUACGAUAUCUAUAAGGAUCGUUCGCGCAAAACUUCAGAGUGCUCGAAUAGCUCCACCUCGGCCAGUGGCCCGGCCGGAACUCCGUCAGUGGCUUCGGCCAUGGGUGUUCAAAAUGUGCGCCGUCAACGCUUGAAGUCGGAAAGUUUUGCCUCCUCCCCCAGUCAUACACAACGCAUGCAAAUGCAACGCUGCCAAAGCCAGAAAACCUUUCCACGCAAUGCUUCCCGAGCCUCGCAGUGCUCCACAUCCGGUGCUCUAUCGCCCACACGUUCCUUUUGUCAGGCCUCCAAUAGCCCACCGAAGAACGCCUCCCAUGACAGUGCAGACAAUGCCCAACCCGAUAUGACCAAGUUCCAUUUGCGUUUGGUGGAGAAAUUGCGGAAAUCCUUUCGCAAGGAUUCGGCCAAACGGUCUUGAAAGGCCAGCCUCACGCAAGGGGAAGAAAAUAGUAGUAAUUAUUGUCAGCAGAAGGAGAGUAAAGCAGAAAACGAAACAAUAUGUAAAGGAAGUUGCAUCAGCCCUGGCUUCGAGUCAACACCUCAGGGCGAAGGCCAUACGGACAGGCCGAAUGGUCUCAGGAAAGCAGCAACUGCCUCUACUACAACACCUACAGCUAAGACGACGGACUCGUGCCAAGAGUUGCUGCCCAGCAGGUACUCUGCUGCGGCAGGUGGAAGAAAAGGUGUCAGUACUCUUGCGCCGACUUUGGUGGCGCAAUUUGGCCAUCGCCUCGCGGCCCCCUUGGCCAAGUGUCACAAGAAAUUGGCCAACUUCCAUAUCCACCACCAACACCAUCAUCACAACGAAAAUAAUGCUAUGAGCCUGCACCUAUUGAAUUCCACAUCAACGGUGGAACUCUACAAAGUGGAAUCAGAGACCUCCAGUCUAAGUACCUCCGAACACAAGCAAUUGGUGAAACCAACUAUCCCAACGGUUGAGGCAGCAAAAAAAUCCCCCGAAAAAACCUAUGGUCAGCUAAGGAAUGCCCGUAGAAGAAAGCGUCUCUCCUUUAUAAGGCGUAGCAGUAAAAGUGCACCAGGAUAAGCCAAGCAAACGUGUUUAAAUACACACAUGCACACACACACACACCCAGUGGCUGCUGGUUGCCCUUCAAACACACCCACCCACACCAUGCCAGGAAGUUUAGUAGUUUGUUAUUCUAGCAGACCAAAAAUACAAUCACAAAAAAACUAUCAAGAAAAAACCUGGUCAAGGUCGUACAAUGGCUUUGUCAUGGCGCGUAGAUAGCUGCUUUUUUUUAUUAUAUGGCGCUUCACCACCAUUACCUAACAGUGGGUCUAAGGCUUCCCAUGCACAACGAGGACAGUAUAAGGAUUUACUUAUCAUGGACACAAACUUAUGCAAAUUUAUCGCUGCUGAGUGCAGAUUUUGCAGUUUUUGCCAAAAGGAAAAUAUUGUAAAAAAGACCACAUUGCAUGUGUUAACAACGCUGAGGGGUGGCCCUGAAACCUAUGGCAGGCGUUAUUGGAUGGUAUGUGUGUAAUAAAUAUUUUGUUGGCAUGUUGCCCUAGUAUUUUAUAGAUUUUUUGAAUUAACUCACAUUUGUUGUUGCUCUUCUAUACUAGAAGAAUAUUAACGAAUAGCAAACAAAACAAAAUGCUUGAGUUAGUCAUAGAAUUUGCAGUGCACAUGCAUUUGGGAAAUGCCAUUUGGUACCAGUCUGAGUAGGGUAGCGAAAGAAAUGAAAUGAAGCAGAACAUUGAAUGUUUUCUGUGAGGUUGACUCAAAAUGAAAUUUUAUAAAUUUUAUAAAAACAAAAAUUUUUUUUUUUUUCACCAAAAAUUUUUUGGCAAAUGUAAUGGUUGAAAAUAGUUGUACAAAUUUGAGGAAUAUAUUUUUUGUUUACGUGUAAAAUUAUGCAAUAAAAAAUGUUAAACUAAA